GCGACCCUGCUAGUCUCAACUACUGCGGCUGGAGCUAACUGGAGUGAGGCCGCCCGCAGCCACGCCCCCGCCCCACCCUCCGGCCCCGCCGCCCGACGCCCCAACCCCGCCGCCCUCGCGCCACCACCAUCACCACCACCAUCACCAUCAUCAUCACCACCAUCAUCACCACUCGCAUCGACACCACGGGUCAGAUACAAACUGAAAUUGCUUAUGAUUUCAGAUCAGAAGAAUGUAAAUUUCGUCUUACAAGAGUGCAUGACAUGUGGAAAUGUACCCAUGAUUGAUCUUCUGUCAUCUCAUCUGGACAAAGUGAAACAACAGAAGUGUGAUGCAUCACAACAACCUUGCUCAUGGGCAAACAACUUUUCAGUUCUCUCAAAGAUAUGUUCAAAUGGCUGUGACCUGACCAGUGUGCAUGAAAAUUACCAAAUACCUUUGCAUUUCUUAGUUUCUGGUGACAUUCAGGGUAACUGGGAAAAUCUACUUGAGGCUGUGAAAUUUCUUUCUAAUAUCAAACAAGAUCAGAAGAUUUCUCCUGAGAUCUGUCAUGAGCCAUUCUUCCCACUAUCAAUAACAGAUACAGAAGGUAAUACCCCACUUCUGAUAUUGGGGAGAAGAUUACUGAAGGCUGGUGCAUUUGACCAAGCUGCCCAGCUCAGCAAGAUGCUUCUAGAAGCUGGAAGUGACCCAAAUGCUGUAAACUUGGAAGGUCGUAGCCUCUUGUCGUAUAGCAUCAACUACAUGGAUGACAGUGUGGAACUCACCAGAGUGUUGUUGAAUGGCGGUGCAUCUGUAUGGCCCCUGGGUCUCUCUGUGUGUGGAAAUGUAGAGAGUGUGGAGAAUGUUGGUUCUACAAGCUUGCCUUCAGAACAGUGCUCUGCAUUCACUUGGUUUUUACGUGGAGUGAUACGACGGAGAAAAUUAGAUGAACAUUGCUGCCGUACUUUAAAUUUGAUUUCAGAGGUGAUGGGUGAACACCCUACUAGAAUGCAUAGUCAUGUAAUGCGCACUAUGUUUCGACAUGCCAAAUGCUACAAAGUGUUAGGACCUGUCUUCUACCAACUUAAAAUUGCUAUGAUGAGAUAUUGGACUCAGCCAUUGGAGUUGCGUUUCAUGUGUAGAGGGACAAUUCGUUCAGCAAUGGGAUCAGAGAGAAUGUUGGCAGGCGCAACAAGUCAGCUUGGCCUCCCUAGCCCUCUGGAGAGGUACAUAUGCUUGGAAUAAUUGGAAUUUUGCAUAUCUUGACAUUAUUCAUUAUGUUACCAUAAUAUUGUCAUUGUAAGUACAAGUGAUGGUGGUUAAGCAUGCUUAAAAACUGAAAGAAUUAGAGACAUCUCCCUGUUUAAAAUCUGUUUUGAAAGAUCAUAUUAAUUUACUUAAUUGCUAGUCUUCAAAAUCUCUAAGAACUCCCACAAUUUUUAAUUCUAACUUUUUAGUUUUUAUACAUGCUUAAUAAUGAACUUGUUGCUUAUAUACGAGGCACUUUUUCUUGUGAUAUUUCCUUUGUUGUAAGAAAUUAUCUUUAUCUGUAGAGUAAUUUAUAUUAGAAUUUUUUUUCUGAAAUCUACCUUUUAUAGAAUUGAUCGUUAAAUGACUUGGAGUUCUCCUACUUAUGAAAGUAUGGCAACAUGACAGCCAAAUAUCUAUGUUCUACAGUUUGGACAUCUAGAAUGUCUGUAAUACGACAUCCUAAUAUCUGUAGAAUAAUAUCAUUAAGCAUUUCCAAGUUUUCUUACAUUUUUUAGACUGCUAAAGAAAUUCAUAUAUUUUCCAUGCAUGUUAAGAAUAAAAUUAUAGUUAAAAGUUUGUGGAAUGAAUGGGAAAGAGAAACAGUUAUAUGACAUACUGUGCCAAAACUUGUAUUAUUGUUUUCACAACUAUAAAACAUCAAUGUUUAUAAAGUCUGGGCAGUACAGUGAGAUGAUUGCUUUUUACUGUAAUAAGUAAUUUGUGAGUUAUCAUUAAAACAGAAUUUCGACACCAUAAAAGGACAUUUAAAUUAAUUUGAAUGGACAACAUUCAAACUUUUUCCUACAAAAGAAUGCCAGAUGACUUUUAAAAACAUUUAUAUUUAUGAAAUUUAACAUCUAAUAUGAAACAUUUCAAGCAAUGAAUUAAAUUUCUUUCAUUUUUAUCUCUUAAAACCUUUAAAAAUUAGUUUCCCAAGUGGAAAUGUUGAAAAUUCAUAUUGAAAUAUUCAAAUUUGAAAGGAAAUGUGUUGUUAUUUUCUAAACUAUACAAGCUGAUGCAUAUUGAAUUAAAAAUUCAAUAACUUGUGAAGUUUUGAUUUUAUAUUUUUAUUUUUUGUCUUGUGGUUGAUAAAAUUAUUGAGAAAAAGUGAAUAUGUUAUUAUUGACUUAUACAUUUUACAUACUUAAUAAAAAACCCUGAAAUUGUUUCACAUGGUAUACAAGUUGACAAUGACAAAUAUUACAUAAUGAUGUUAAAUGAACAUAAUGAAUGUUGAAAAUGAUUAUAUUGAAUUGCCUUUUAUGUAUUCACUUCUAAGAGGUAACAAAAAUGUUAUAGUACUACAUUUGUAUCAAAAUUUUCAAACAAUUUCAUAUUCAAAAUCUGUUUAAUUGCAUCUUGUAUGUUAGUGAAAUAUAAAUAAUAAGUUUGAGGCUCAACAACUCCACAGAGAUAUCUGAUUUUAUCUGGAUAUGAGACCAGAGUGUUAAUUAUCUAAUUAAUAUAAUUUACAUUCCAGAUAUCAAUUUUUUAUUUAGUUUUAAAGGAAACAUUUUGUAAUGUAUUUUCAAAAAUUGCUUAACAAAUUAAUGUUUCUAAAAGCAGAAACAGUUAUUUAAUAAUAAAACAUGUCUCAAGAUGACAAUUUUAAAGAUCAAGAACAGACAUCUCAAGAUAAAAAAUUCAAAUUUCUGACACAAUCUUGCAUUUUACAUCCUGUGUUUUGAAGAUUUCAUGUGAUAACUGUAGUAAAUUACUACAGCCCAUUAAUUACAAAAUGUAUGUAUUGUUAUUGAGUCAAGUGAUUCAUCCUGUUUGUAUAUUGAUGAACUGAUUCAACUCAAUCACUGCCAUGGUGUAAGAUUCACCUUUUUGAUUGAUGUUAUUCACAAUUCUAUAAAAAGAACAUUUUUCUUGCAGAAUGCAGAAAGUACUCAAGCUUUUAGUCUGAUGUACUUGAAAGAGCUCUUUAAGAAAUCAAUUUUGAUGUAUUAAAUAUAUUUCAUAAAUGAUAUUCAAAUGCACUGCCAGCAGAUACACAAGUUAUUUACUUUUAACUAAAUCUACUUCACUUUAAACCUUCAUUGACAGUUGUUAUAAUAUAUACAUUUUAAUAAGUUUCAACAAACGUCAUCACUGUUCUGUUUUUAUGAUGUUCAUAGGUAUAAAACAAUAUGCAAUGUACAUAAGGUAUACUAAUGGGCUGUGAUACAGAUUGAGCAACAAAAAAUCUAUAACUAACACUUGAUUAUAAAUGUAAUGAAUUUGUUUCUUAAAUACUUAAUGUAUUAUUAAAAUCUCUGGCUACAGAACAAUGCUCACCUGUGUUUCACAUUAGGCAUUUUAACUUGUUUAAACCACAGUUGACCUAAUAACAAUCAUAUCAACAAAAUCCUUUAGUGAGUGUUAUUCAGAAAGUCAUCUUGAUUAUGAUUUAAAAUAAUUAGAUCAAUGAAUGAAUGUCACACACAUAUAUAACUGAGGUAGUUGCAUAAUUUUUCUCACUGCCAGAAUUAAUAUAAUAUCAUGAUUUUGCUACGUUAAAAUAGUUCUUGUAGAUCAAGGAAGCCAAUGUCUUCAUCAAAAUAUUAGCAGUUCUUUAAAAUUUCUGAUAAGCUCAUGACAGCCUAAAGCAAUAUAUGAUAUAAAUAACAGACUGCUUGCAUAGUACUCUGAUUUUCAUUUGUAUAAAAUACAUUAGGUUUCCAGUUUUGUGUAACAUAGACAAAAUAUUAAAGGACAAUUUAUAAUAGUACCAUUGUAUUUAACUUGAAUGAGUACGUGUAUCUAUUUGCAGAAUCUAGAAAUGCAAUUUAAUUGGAAUUCCAGUAUAGCAAGUAGUCACAUACAGGGGCUUUUGAAACCCUUCAUUAAAUUUUAUUUCCCAGUACAAACAGUUACUCCAAAAUAAAAUAGUGGAAAAGAGAAUCUCUUUUAUCCUCAAUAUUAUGAAAAUUAAGUAAAACAAUAAAGUAUUUCUUUGUAUAUAUUUGUCUCAUAAAUAUUCAUGUGUUCUAUUUCCUGAGAUUUGACUAUAUUCUGCAAUAUCUUGCCAAAUGUAGAAUAAGAUUAUGUAAGAAUGUUCCUUCUGACAUACAUUGUUAAUAUAAUUAGUUUGCUACAAUUUGCUAUGUAAUCAGAUAACAAAUAUCACCAUUCUAAGAGAGCAUGAACAAUAUUAUCUGCUAGAUUAAAUAAUCCUGACAUUAGAUUGUUUGCGAUUUGUGUUCAGAUUUUUUAAUCUUGUUUUGUUUCCUCAUUUACUAAUUGUCGAUGCAAUGCUACCUUUAGAAUGGAUCAUACAUAAUUUGAGCAAAAUUUAUAUUUGCUGAUCUUCCUUGUGUGAGUGGGAGAGUGUUGCAAUAUAGUCCUUUAGUUUCUGACAAAUCAGUAAUCUUAGGGCAAAUAGUAGUGCUCUUCAGUAUUGUAUUGUAGUAUAAAUAUAUGCAUCUUUUAAUGAGGUGUAUUCAAUGAGCUUGCUUGAUGCUUCUAAAAUCAGGGUAACAUUUAGUGAUAUUUAAAAAGGAGAAUGAGUAAUCAUUGUACCACAAGGGAUAGUUUUAUAAACCAGUGACAAUGUACUUGAAAAUAUUCAACUCACUGCCUAUACCUACAUGUGUUUCAUUGUAAAAGUAAUCUAUGCUGUAAAUGUAUUAUAUUCUGUUCACAAACUUGAAGCACCAUUAGCUUCUUACAUGCUGUAUUUAUUUGCAGGACAGGCAUUUCGCCUAAUGUUCACCUUAAAGUGUAUUAUUAUGUAUUGUAAGAUGAGUAUAUGAAACUUGCUCAGGAAAUAAUACCUAGUUCCAAAUGAACUUGUUUACCUACUUCCAUUACAGUAGUCAAUUUCCUUUAUUUAUCCAUUAGUAUAUAAUAGGUUAACACAUGACAUUUUCUUACACAGCCUGAUAAAAGGCACUCCAACAGUGUAUGCAAGAGCAAUCUAUUCCCUCACAACCAUUUUUGUAUGAAUUCACUGUUCUUUGUUAAUAUAGUCUUUUCAAGGUCUUUUUUACUUAAUGUUAAAGUUAAACAAAGUAGACAAUGUUUGACUGAAAUUAGGUAGGUGGUGUAAACAUUUCACCACUGAACCUUUGAAUGUAUUGAAUGGUAACAAAUAAAUGAACAUACA